AUGGAGCGGGCACCCCCAGCUGCCGGCGGCUGGCCCUCUUCGAGUGGAGCCUGGCUCGACGCGGCGCUGAACGGCGAGCUGGUGGCGGGGCUGCCGCCGAAGGGCGUCGAGAUGCUCGAGGUCGAGGUCGCCUACCAGGCGGACACCAUCGGCAGAUUCAUCAAGGCCCGGCAGGUGGGCGCCAGCGACACGUACUUCUCAUGGUGCAGCGCCAACAAGUGCGGGACGGUCGCUCCAGCUGGUGCUGUGGUCGAGCACUUGGACAUGUGGCAGGUGAUGGGCCACAGCGGCGUGGCCCGCGAGCGGGCGAAGCUCAUCUGCCUGGCAGCGGUUCCUGGGGCGCCUGUGCGGACCGCCUCGCCCGCGGCCGAGCCAUUGCCUGGAGAGCUCGGCGGCUGGCCGCUCGGGGUGAAGGGCACCCAGACCCCGGGCGGUCCAGGAGAGGCGGGCCCGCUCGACCAGGAGAUCGCCGGGCUCGAGGAGACCGCCGAGGACCCCGCGCUCGAGGCGCGGCUGGCGCGGCUGGAGGGCAGGGCAGCUCGUGAUGUGCCGAGGCAGGGCACGCCCAAGAACGCUGCGCGCCCGGCAGGAGCCAUAGGCGAGCGCCUGGCACAGGAGGUUGCUGACCGAGCCGCCGCUGCUGCCCCAGCGCGCACUGGCGCCUCGAGGAGGAGGAGCAGGCCAGCAUCGGCCGUGACCACGGCACUCCUGGACCGCGACGACGACGACGUGGAGGACGGCGUGGAGAGCGGCACAGAGCGCCUUGGGGGCUGCGACCACUACCAGGGCGUGAGCUGCAAGCGCGACUUGUUCGGCUGGAUCGCUCGACAGCGGCCCGACGCUCUCCUCGUGAAUGGGCUUGGCCACCUGUGCAGCCAGUUCACUCAGCAGUUGUCCGCAGGCGAGGCCGACCUGCUGGCCCCAGGUGUCACACAGUUCCUGUACACGGUGCUCUUCGUUGCUCACCCGCCGCGGGCGCUGUGGGCAGCCGAGGGGCGGGUCCUCCGCCCGCCAGGGCUGGCGCUCGACGGCAUCGUGCGCAGGGAGGUCAUCAAGACUGCGGAUCUGGUCAUGCUGAGGUUCAAGGCGCGGUCGAUGGGCAUCCGCGACGGGAACUGGCAAUCGGCGCGAUGGCUCACGCUGGACUCGCAGGAACAGCUUCCGUCAGGCACCUCGCUGGGCGAGGAGAACGCUGCCGAGAAGGUCGAGGCCCGGGAGCUGAAGGUCGCCGAACUCCGCCAGCGACUUGCAGACCGCAGGACCAGCUGCAGUCCCACGCGGUCGGACCAGCUCCUGAGCGACUUCGAGGGGGACCUCGACGCAGCUGCCGCCGCCCGCGUGCCACCAGCGGACGCGGCUACGGGCCGGGGCUUCACGCAGCACAAGGCGGCCCACCCGAGGCGCGAGGGCGAGACCCAGGACAGCCCGGGUUCAGGCGUGAGGACCGACGCUGCGGAGGCCGCGGCCUCGCGCACGCCCCCGCCUGCCCUCCGCCCGCCUGAGCGGCAGCUGCGCGGCAGCUCGCAGCCGCGGCGGUGGCGCCAGAUGCCAGCCGAGGUGGGCACAGGUGUCAGCUCCAAGUUCAGGCUCCCUCUCGCGGUCCACGAGGCGGUGCACGGUUUGCCAGGGGCGAUCGGGCGGUAUGGUUGUGAGAUGUGCACUUCGCCAGACCCCACGGCCAGCUUCGCGCGGCUGCGCGAGGUGUUGCCGUUACCGUUGCCCGACGCCCCACUCUUCGAGAGGCACCGUGCCGCCUGGUACUUGCACCAGCAGUUGUCGGAGACAUGCGAGGUGGACGCCGCGACGGCGCAGGUGCGGGCCCUGCUCGUGGACUUCAGCCUGAACUACUCGUACAUGGGGCACAUGCGGUGUCCAACCGACGCCGCAGUGCGGCCCACGGCAGGUCUGGUCAGUGCGCUCGGCAUUGUGCAGGAGGGGUGUGCGAACUUCGUUCAGGAUCCUGCCGCAGCGUUCGAGCUCCCGGACUGGGACCAGGUCAUCGCGUCGAAGACCGUCUCCCACGGGGGCAAGGUGAUGUCCCGCGCCCCGCCGCUCUCGCUUGCAGGCAACAUGCCAGGCCUCCCCGCGCAGGGCGACCCCGCAUCGGUCAAGGCGGUCGACCUCGCGGACGCUCAGGCGGGCGCCGGGCGUGCCGGCCCCACGCUGGCGUUGCUCCCUCGGGAUGAGUCGCCUGCCGAGGUCCCGCAAGCGGCGAUCCAGGUCGCGUCCAAGCAGGAGUGGUACCGCAUCGGGACCAAGCUUGUCAAGCUGGGGCUGGCUGCGCCGAUCGCCGACGACCGCAUCCUCAAGGUCGGGAGCCGCAGGGUGCUCGCUGGGGCGUUCAGGGUCGCCCAGGGCGGCACGCGGUCACCCGGCCAGGCGUGCGUCCAGCGCCUGAUCAUCAACAUGGUCUCGGCCGACAGCUACCAGCGCGUCAUCGAGGACGGCAUUGGGACCCUAAGUGCAUCGCCCUCGGGGGUCGCCGUCCCGCUCCCAGAGGGGCACAUGCUGCUCGGGUCCUCAGAUGACCUGGCCUCCGCUUUCUACGGCUGCGAGCUGCCCGAGGCUUGGCAGCCACACAUGGCCCUCGCAGAGGCGAUCCCAAACGAGCUCAUCGGUGUGCCGGGUCCAGGGACGACACACCUCGCGCUGCUCGUCUUCCCGUUGGGCUGGAUCAUAGCGGACUCGGAGUUUCAGCACUGCCACAGGCGCCUCGGGGGCGGCGGUCGCCCCCUCGCUUCAGGGUUUCCUGCGGAUCUCGAGUGGCACAGGGACCACCAACAUCCGAUCAAGUCGAAGGAGCUCGAGCAGCAGUGGGUCCAGUACUGCAUCGACGACUGGGACCAUGGCGAGGGGGUGCCCAGCGCGUUGGUCGCGGAGCUCAUCGGCACGGUGAGCUGCGCCCCGGUCAAGCGCCGCGCGCUGGUCCUGGUGCAGAUGGGUGCAGGUCUUGACGGGGCCGUCGGCCAGGUCGGAGUCACGGCCGAGAAGCUGCACCGGACGCUCGCGCUCAUCCUGUGCGGCAUGGGCAGACAGGGCCUCUCGACGCAGGGCAUGCUCAUGGUCCAGGGCAGGUGCGUCAGGGCAGCGGAGUUCAGGAGGCCGUCUAUGGGGUUCCUCAACAGCGUGGGGGCUGCUGGGUGCUGGACGCGACCGCAGGCUGAUCCCCUUGGAAUGUGCGACGAGCUCUUGGGCUUCGCGAAGGCGCUGCCGCUGGCAUACACCGACCUGCGGGCAAAGAUCGUCAUUUGUGACAUCGCGACCGAUGCCAGUGAGCGCGCUGGGGACAUCUGCCACACGGCUGGGCUCUCGGCGCAGGGCGUUGCCUGCGCGAGGGGAGGAGCUUCAGCAGUGACUUUGCGGCCUGGUGCAGUUGCGGCUCCUGUGCGUGGUGCGCGGUGGCGCCCUCGCUUCGUUCUCAUCGAGCUCUACGCAGGCGGUGCUGGGGCCGCGGUGGAGGCCUCCAGACUCCCGAUCGACAUGAUCGCCCCCGUCAGCUGCGAGGUUGAGCCCGCUGCCUGGCGACUGGUGCGUCGCCGUUUGGCGGGCGUGACCAAGCUUGGCAACGUCGAGGCCGUCGACACGGUGCGGUUCACGGAGAUGCUGAAGGGUUACGCGCGGGACGCCGACCGGGUCGUCUUGAGCGCGGGAAGCCCGAGCCAAGAUCUUGCAAGCAUCAAUGUCGCGGGGACCGACCUAGAGGGGUCGAGGCCGAAGCUCUUCUUCACGGUCCCCGAGCUGACGCAGGCAGCGGAGGUUGCCUGUCCUGAGCGCUCCGUGGUGUUUGUCGAGAACGUGUCCAGCAUGACCCUGGAGUCGAGGGCGGAGUUCUCCAGGGCGCUGGGUGUCACGCCCGUGUUCCUCGGGCCCAGGUGUCACGCCCACGUCAAGCGGCCGCGCCUGUACUGGUGCUCGUGGCCCGUCACGGCGUUCACGGCGUUCGACGUCACUGACGAGACCAAGGGCGUGAGGGAGGCCGCGAGCUUCGAGGUUUUGCUUGUGGUAGAGAGGCUCCCACUGAAUACCUUGGUCUUGGAGGGCUGGUCGACGCUGGACCCAGAGGCGGACCUCCCGUGUUUCACGAGGCCGAUCCCGGGACGCCACCCGCCGUUCCGGCCCGUGGGCCCCGACUGCGCCUCGGUGCUGGCCGCGGGGCGCUGGGCUGCCGACAGCUACCGUUACCAGGUCGACAACUACGGGGACGGCAGCCUCAUCUGGGACGCGAGGCGUCAGCGGGGCCAACUGCCCGUGCCUGAGGCGAGCUGGAACGUGUUCCCCGAGUUCCAGCAGCCAGGCUUGCGCUGGCAGCGGCCCGGGCACAUCUCAGCGCUGGAGCUGGAGGCAGCGGUGGCUGGAGCACGUUGGAGGUGCCGAGCAGGUGAGAGCCACCGCUGGCGCUGCCUGCCCUUUCUGGAUGCCCAACCGUUCACGGCAGUCAGCACCAGGGGCAGAUCGAGCGUGAGGGCUUUGCAGCCCGCGCUCCGCCAGCUCAACUCCCUGCUCCACGCGACGGCCAGGUACCCGCUGUACAAGUACUGCGACACCGUCGACAUGCCCGCCGACACGCCGCCCCGCUGGGGCUUCGGCCGCCGCUGCCCCGCUGCCAGUGCUGCCGCCGGCGAGAGCCAGGAGAGCCGCCCCUGGCAAGCGGGCAGCGCAAGCACCAGCAAAGGUGAGCCGGGUCACGGCCCAGGCGAUGGCGCAACGAGCGGCAGCGAGGUCCCAGCCGCCGAGGGGGCGUUGGACACGCCGCUCACCCUGCGGCGGCAUCGUGCGGCGGUCGAGGAGGUCGUUGUUUUCUGGAUUCAGGAGCACGGGCAGCCGCAGACGCCCGCUCAGGUCGACGCUGGCGUGGCCGCCUUCAUCGGGAGCCGUUGGCUGAGCGGAGAAUCUCUAGUUGAACUUAAUAAUGCAAUUCCAGGCAUCAUGCACGCUUUCCCGCCCGUGCGAGGGCACCUGUGGGACAGCUGGCGCUGGCCAAACGGCAACGCCUGGAGUCAGCUAGGCGCGCGCUGCCGAUCAGUCCUACAGCAGCGUUCGCAGGUGCAUUGGCGGCCGUGGGCCAGCGUGGCGCUGCGGCGGUGCUGGCAGCAGGCUACGACGCUUACCUCCGGCAAGGGAGUUGACCUCGCUCGCGUGGUCUGA